AGGACCAGGCCGGCUCCGCGCCCCACACCCCAUCUCGGGCUCUCCGGCGCCCCCCAAGGACCAGUGCCCCAGCCCCCUGCCCCCCAUCAUGGAGGAGGAGAAGAAGCCCCUGGUCCGGCGGAACAGCGAGCGGCUGAUGAAGGAGACCCCGGAGCGAACGAAACAGAAGCUGGCCAAGAAGGCGGCGUCCUCGGCCAACCUGCUCACACGCUCCCCCAGUCUGGAAAGCCGAGCGAAAGAGCUCAUUUCCAGCCCAGGGUCCCAGGGGUCCAGUCGGGGCCGAACCACACAAGGCCAGUCCAUUAAGAUGUUCAUCCGGGGGCGCCCCAUUACCAUGUACAUCCCUUCCAACAUCCAGAACUACGAAGAGCUGAAGAUGGACCUGCCAGCUGAGAAACUGGAGCUGGACUGGGUCUAUGGUUACCGGGGUCGAGACUGCCGGGCAAACCUGUAUCUGCUGCCGUCUGGAGAGGCAGUUUACUUCAUUGCCUGUGUGGUGGUGCUCUAUCACCUCAGUGACCGCACCCAGAGGCACUACCGCAAGCAUACCGACUGCGUACGCUGCCUUGCUGUUCACCCAGACAAGGUUCGUGUGGCCUCGGGGCAAACUGCAGGAGUAGAUAAGGAUGGCAAGGCGCUGCAGCCGUUUGUGCACAUCUGGGACUCGGUGACGCUGGCCACUCUGCAGACCAUCGGCCCCGGCACCUUUGAGAGAGGAGUGGGCUCUGUGGCCUUCUCCCAGUCCGAUUCCGGAGCGUUCCUGUGUGUGGUCGAUGAGUCUAAUGAGCACAUGCUGUCUGUGUGGGACUGGGCCAAAGGGACCAAGCACACUGAAGUGAAGAGCACCAACGAGGCUGUGCUGGCUGUGGAGUUCAACCCCAGCGACAGCAGCAACAUCAUCACCUCGGGCAAGUCGCACGUCCACUUCUGGACACUGGCCGGCGGAGCGCUCACCAAGAAGCAGGGCAUCUUUGGAAAAUACAAGAAGCCCAAGUUCAUCCUGUGCUUCGUGUUCAGCCUAACGGGAGACGUGCUGACGGGGGACUCCGAGGGCAACAUCCUCACUUGGGGCAAAUCACGCGCAGACACAAAGACGCUGGGCAAAGGAGCCAAAGAGACCUUCCAGAUCAUGCGUCAGAUGCGUGCUCAUGAGGGCAGUGUGUUUACACUCUGCGUCCUGCAGGGCGGCGCUCUUCUGAGUGGCGGAGGAAAAGACCGCAAGAUUAUUCGCUGGAGUGCUGACCUAGCCCCUGAGAGGGAAUGUGAGAUUCCAGAGCAGUUCGGGGCCGUGCGUACCAUCGCUGACGUGGAUGGAGAGGAGCUUCUGGUGGGAACGACCCGCAACGCCAUCCUCAGAGGCACCUUCUCCGACGGCUUUGUGGCCGUAGUACAGGGCCACGUGGAUGAGAUGUGGGGUCUGGCCACACACCCCUCCCAGAAUGUCUUCCUGACCUGCGGGAACGACCGGCAGCUGUGCCUGUGGAACGCCGAGGAGCACAGUCUGGACUGGUCCACCACUCUGGAGGAGUCGGGACUGUGUGCAGACUUCUGUCCCAGCGGGACGGUGGUGUCUGUUGGUCUCAACACAGGCAGGUGGUUGGUGCUGGAUUUGCGGACGAGGGAGGUGGUGUCUGACCUCACCGAUGGUAACGAGCAGCUGUCCGUCAUGAGAUACUCUCCAGAUGGAAGUUUCCUGGCUGUGGGUUCCCAUGACAACUUCAUCUACAUCUACAGUGUGUCUGAGAGUGGGCGGCGCUACACGCGUUUCGGGAAGUGCACGGGACACUCCAGUUUCAUAACCCAUCUGGAUUGGUCCAAAGAUGGGAAAUACAUCAUGUCCAAUUCUGGAGAUUAUGAGAUCCUUUACUGGGACGUGGCUGGAGGCUGCAAGCUGCUGAGGAAUCGCUACGAGAGUAAAGACCGCGAGUGGGCCUCCUACACCUGUGUGCUGGGCUUCCACGUUGUGGGAGUUUGGCUGGAGGGGUCAGAUGGCACGGACAUAAAUGCACUCUGCCGUUCCCACAACGAGAGACUGGUAGCCAUGGCAGACGACUUCUGCAAAGUGCACCUGUUCCAGUACCCCUGUCCAAAGCCUAAGGCACCUAGUCAUAAGUAUGAGGGUCACGGCAGCCACGUGACCAAUGUGUGCUUCACUAGCAGCGACAGCCACCUGCUCUCCCUGGGGGGCAAAGACACCUGCAUCCUCCAGUGGAGAGUGACGGGCAGCCCCAGCGGUGGGGCAAGAGAGCAUGCGGCCUCCACCUCCAGCUCCACCUCCACCAACUCACCAGAGCCCGGAAUGUAAAGAGAAAUAAAGGGGAAUGGCUUGGGAGUGGAAGGAGGUAGAGAGAAAUGAGAGAUGCCACUGCAAUGUGCUCUGUCAUAUGAACAGGCAGACAAGCAGAAAACAAAAAAGGAUGGGGGAAAAAAUACUGAAAGAAUGGUAGAAAAGAAGGAGGAAGGAAAGAAUCAGAACUGUUAAGCUCCUGCCAUCUACAGAAAGUUUUAGUAGGAUAAAAUCAACAGUGAAAAAACAGUUAAACCAUGAUUAUGUUUUUUUUUAUACAAUAUGAUUAAUGAAUAGGAAUCUAUGAAGCGGAUGGUGGAGGUGAAUCAUAUCAGUGUAUGCCGCAGCUAGUCUGUGUGUUCUAUUUGCCGUAUGUAACUCUGAAGUGCCUUCUUCUGACCCUAGCCAAGCACAUUUGACCAGCAGUCAAUAUACUAGAUGUGACAAAGCCAAAAUUGAUAUGACUUGCCUCUUGUGCUGAAGAACAUUUUUGGAUAUAAACAGAUGAAAUAGACUGUGUGUGUGUGUGUGUGUGUGUGUGUGUGUGUGUGUGAGAGAGAGAGAGUGUAAACUAUUAAAAGCACAUAGGCUGCAUCACCAGACCAUUAAGGCAGGUGUUAGAUAAGAUCCAUGUCCAUGUGCUGUUUCCUGUCAUAAUGGACAUCAUUAAUACACAAUAAUACACAAUAUCGCUUACAUUUUCAUUUCUUCAGCUUUUCUCUUCCAGUACAGUGUGGCUAGGGAUUCCUGUGUCUGUGCCAGGGCCCUUACCAGCCACUUGUAGAGCCAUCCAGUUCAUAACACAGUUCAUAGUGUGAUCCAGUGUGAAUAUGGCAUGAGUAUUACAUUUUCUGGACACAUUUUGUGUGUCCUUGAACAGUUUGUUAUACAGCAAAGAAGCCUGAAGCUUUGCCUGUGUCUAUGCAAUGCAAUAUCUAUACAGCAUUCCAAAGUCAUUAACAUUCCUUUUUGUAAUUCGUUUUAUAUUGUCAUAGUUUGUGUGCAAUGUAAAUGUAAUUUUGCUCUAUAGUUCUGUCAUUUUAAUCAGAUUGUAAUAAAGCUUACUCAAUGAA